AUGGAUUUGAACAUCAAGGUAUCCCGAGUGCAUAGCACACCGAAACCUGGACCUAAGAAGGUCAAAUGGCAUAGAUUGAAGGAUCAGGAGAAGAAAGAAGAGUUCAAAGAGAGAGUACUCGGGCAAAUUAGCCAAGAAAUUGAAGAUCUAAACUCCUGGGGGAAUGAAGCAGCAGAAUUUGUGAUACGAGCAGGAAAAGAGAUUUUAGGAGAAACUAGUGGAAAGAUCAGGAAAGAUAAAGAAACUUGGUGGUUCAAUGAUGAAGUACAACAGAAUAAAGAGGCAAAGAGAGCAGUGGCAAUAGCUAAGAGCAGGGCUCACGAUCAGUUGUAUAAAGAUCUAGACAGCAAGGAAGGACAGGGAAAGGUUUUUCAACUGGCGAAGACAAGGAAUAAAAGCACAAAACAUAUCGUGCAUAUUAGGCAAACGAAAGAUGAGAAUGGAAAUAUCAUUAGAACAGAACAAGGCAAAAUCAAGAGAUGGGAACAAUAUUUCUCUAAAUUCCUGAACGAGGAAAAUGAACGGCUGAUCAGAGGUGAUGGGGACGCUAACCAGGGUGCAGUCUUGGAAAUAUCAAGGAUAGAGGUGCAACAGGCGCUGAAGAAGAUGAAAAACGGGAAAGCCACGGGACCAGACGGCGUCCCCAUAGAAGCCUGGAAAGCGAUGGGAGAGGAAGGCAUUGACGUGUUUUGGAUGCUGAUGGGGAAGGUGAUGGAUGAAUAUCCCGACAGUAUGGAAAGAAAGCAUAUUAAUACCGAUUUUCAGAGAGAAAGGAGAUGUCCAAAAUUUAAGAGAAAAGAUGUCCAAAAUUGUGAAAAUUAUAGAGGCAUGAAACUAAUGUCACAUACUUUGAAACUAUUAGAAAGAAUAACAGAUGGCCGAAUAAGACAGGAAGCGUUUAUUGGAAGACAACAACUGGGCUUCAUGAAAGGAGCAGGAACGGUGGACGGGAUAUUCUGCCUUACACGUGUCUAG